GGCGGCUUAGCCUGUUUCCGGUAGGACCAGUGGACUCGGCGGCAGAGGCCUUGCGGAACUGGCGUUGUCUGCUGAGCUUUUCUAGACCUGAGCAGACAUGGCGGCGGCUUUUCGGAAGGCAGCCAAGUCCCGGCAGCGAGAACACCGAGAGCGAAGCCAGCCUGGCUUUCGGAAGCAUCUGGGCCUGCUGGAGAAAAAGAAAGAUCACAAACUUCGUGCAGAUGACUACCGUAAAAAACAGGAAUACCUCAGAGCUCUCCGGAAGAAGGCUCUUGAAAAAAAUCCAGAUGAAUUCUACUAUAAAAUGACUCGGGUUAAACUCCAGGAUGGAGUUCAUGUUAUUAAGGAGACUAAUGAAGAAGUAACUCCAGAACAACUAAAGCUGAUGAGAACUCAGGAUGUCAAAUAUAUAGAAAUGAAAAGGAUUGCAGAAGUUAAGAAAAUCGAAAGACUAAAAUCAGAGCUCCAUCUGCUGGAUUUCCAGGGGAAGCAUCAGAAUAAACAUGUGUUCUUUUUUGACACCAAAAAGGAAGUUGAACAGUUUGAUAUUGCAACUCACCUGCAAACAGCCCCGGAACUGGUCGACAGAGUCUUUAAUAGACCCAGGAUAGAGACCUUGCAGAAGGAAAAAGUGAAAGGAGUUACCCGUCAGACUCGACUUAAGACUCGUAAACUUCUUUCUGGGAAGAGCAUUUCCUCGGUGAUUGGACAACCACUGGGCAUGUCCCAGGGGAUACCCCUUCAAGAGAGGCUUAAGAAGGGUCUCGGUGUUGUGCUUGGAGAUUUUUAA